UCGUUUUGUGUUUAGUUAAAAAAAAAUUAUCGCAAAGAAUUAUCGUUCGCAAUAACAACAAAACAUCAUUCAAUACAUUUUUUUUUGCCCAAUUGACCAAAUAGAUCGUAAUAAAUGUGUUAGUGGUUUCGUUAUAAAGUCAUACGCAACGGUAAAAAUAUUAUUGCAAAGAGAAAAAUAUUUUUUUUUACUAUGGUUUGAAAAAAAAAAAGAAAGAUUAUUAACACCAACAAAGUGUUUUCAAAGUUGACCAUUAUUUAGAGUGUACACGUUAGUUCCAACGAGAAAGAAAUAAAGACGAAUUACUCAGUGGAAAAAGUGUUGAACCGACGCGUUCGCUACGGCAAAGUUGAAUACUUCUUGAAAUGGAAAGGUUACAGUUCGGACGAUAAUACAUGGGAACCAGAAGAAAACUUGGAUUGUCAAGAUUUGAUUGAAGCGUACAAUAAUAUAAAAUUCACAGCUGAACAAUUUUUUGCACCGGAUUUUCAGUCGACAUUCGCUCAGCAAAUACAAACAUCGAAUGGGCCGAACAUUGGUCCAUCGUAUGUCACUCACAUGGAUCAACAAAGUAAUGACAAGUCCAUUGUCACCGAUCAUUUUCAACAGCAACAAACGACUGCUGACAAUGACCUCCUCAAUGCAAUUGUUCAAGGAACAGAGGCAAACAAUCAACUCGAUUGUGGCAUCGACAGUAAUAUACAGGCCACCGUGGAGCAAUUAUUGGCCGAAACACAUCCGCAAGAGUUUCAACAGUUGCAACAAGAAUUAUUGCAGCAACAAUCGUCGGAUCAACAGCUCACAUUUGCGUUGCAACAAACACAAUACCAAUCAUCGCAGCCAAUGGAUUUGUUGAUGUCAACCGAUCCACAUCAAUCGCAACAAGUAUCAAAUAUCUCAACACGCAACGAUGAUGGCCACGGUAUGAAUACAAAUUCAAUGAAUGCCUUGUCGCAUCCGAUGCAAUCGGAAAUGGAUCAAAUGCUUGACAUUGAUUUUAUGCAUCAAGUGUUGAACAGUUUCGAAUCGGAACGAGCCGGUGAAAAUCUGGACGAUUUAGCAUUGUUCAAUGACAUCGGCGAUGUUAUGAAUAUCGGUUUGGAUGAUGUUGUCUCAACGUCAAUGUCACGCGAAUCUCGAACCCAAGAAAUAUUGAGUGACAUCGAAAAGAAACGCGAACAAAUGAUUCGAGAUUGUGAUUUUAUGAUGCGACGCUUGCGUAAAAUUCAAGUUCGUCACAUGGGCCGUCAUGUUAGCGAAGAAAUUGGUGGCUUAUUUGAAUAUGCACAACAACAAAUUAAACGAAAAGAACGUGAAACCAAAUCCAUUUCAACGAUGACACCGAUCAAUCAAUUGCACAGCGAUAAACAAAAAAUGAAUUGGAAAAUGCUAUUGAAGCGAAUCGAACAUGCGGCCACAAAUCAACAUUCAAAUACAGCGAUCAGUAAAAUGUUGAACACCAAUUCGUCGACGGAUCAACAUCAUGCAAAUAAUUCGGGGGUGUCGACAAGCGGUGCAGCAAAUAAACCAUCGGUCAUUUCGUGUGUGCCUCCGUUCGAUGUAAAUGGAUACAAACAAUUGAGACGAUGCGCCGGCAUGUUAAGCACCGAACUCAAAAUGGUCGGACGAUCAUUUGAUCCGGAUGCAACAGAGAGUAGUUCCGGCGGUGAAUCAGGUGAUGAAGGAAUUACAUACCCGAAUCAAACAAAACACACUUUAUCAAUAGGUAAACGAGCGGCAUACCGUUGGGCACGUGAUCGAGCCAAGAUUGCAUCACGAUGGACAUGGCUUUUGGCACAAAUCUCUGAUUUGGAGUAUCGAAUUCGACAACACCAAGAAUUGUACAUUCUUCUGAAGAAGAGCAACGGUCAAGUGACAUUCGAAGAUGGUGAACCAGUGGCGUCAACAAGUACAUCGGAAAUAAUUCAAACACCGUCGGUGAAUGGUUAUCGUGGAUUAUUGCCGGGCAGUGUUCGUUUGGGUGACAUGGAUGAUGUUACCGCUAAACUAUACGGCGGCAAUAGCAACGAUGAAGUGGAAUUGAAUGGUUCGGCACGAACAAGGGCAUUCAAAGCAAGCGCAUUCAAAAAGCGAAAACUUUUACAAAGUACAAACUUACAUAAAAUUUCAAGGCGUGCCGCAAGACCAUGUACAAUCAAAUGCGGUUGCCGAUGGCCAGUGCAUCCGUGUCUAUUGUGCACAGGUCGAACCGAUCCGACUGCACCACGUGAUUUACCCGAUAUGAUGUCAACUCAGGAGAAUGUCGCACUUUUGGACCCAUGCUAUCAUCCGAUACUUAGUUUCCCUGAAGAUGUGGCACAAAAUAUUUACAUGGAGGCGACGUUACGUACAGCAGAAUGGCAAACAAAAGUGGCUCGUACAUCAUCAAAAGCUGUCAUUAAAAAUGCGCUCGCUCUACAAAAAGCCAAUGAACGCAAUGAGGCUCGUAACAAUUUAGCGGCGACGGCAUCACGUAAAAACUCUGAAGCUACACAUUCAAUUAAUUCGAAGAAAUUGUCGCCGAACAAGUUUAAAUUAAAUGCAACCAAGUUGAAAAAAUCGCAAAAUAACAUCACCAAUCGUAAGCCAAAGAAAAUCACGUCCGGUUUGAAUGCAUCGAAAGUGAAGAAAAAUAAGUCCCGGAAAAAUUCACACAUGUCGGCCACCAGUUCCGAUCAUCAUGACAUGGAUGUGGGCAGUCCGAAUGGUUCGAUUUCACGUAGCAAAAAUCCAUCACCGAUUCCGGGACACAGCCAUCGUUAUGAAAGAUUGCAUUCAGAGCGACGUAACAACAAAAACGCUUAUGACAUCGAUAAUAUUGUGAUCCCCAGCACCGUUUCUUCACGCGUCGAAAUUCUUUCUUACAAAGAAAUACCAACGCCGAAAUGGCGCAUCAUCGAAGAUGAAGCUGAAAAAAUAAACACAACUAGUCAGAAGGAGCCAGAAAAGGAAGUAAAACCCGAAAAGUCGACAGAGGUUCCGAACACAAAUGUCGAAGAAGAUAUAAGCGAUGACGCUUAUCAAAAACGCCAUGAUCGAGCUUUGAAUGAAGAGCGAAAUAGGUUUAUUACGUUCUUGAAAUUCCCAUACAGUACACGAUCGCGAGCAAAUCGUCGUAUCGAUAGCCAGUCAAGUGGUGCAAACACUCCGGAUCCAAUGUCACCGGCGCCCAGCACACCGGCCGCCGCAACAAAUGUUGAUCAAGAGUCGGCGCCGCCAACGCCUCAAUCUGUAGAUGCACCUGCAGACUCAGCACAAGAAAGUGCAAAGCAUAAUAACAACAAUACAAGUGUAAACAAUAAUGGUGGUGUGAAUGCGAUGUCAAAAUCAAAACUAAAACAGGAAAGUCGUCGAAUGAACGCUUUUCGUAAAGCCUACGAUCAACGCGAAGAAUUACUGCGACGCAGUACAACUCCCGAGAUUAAAGAGACAACACCGCCGUAUGAGCCGCUAAAUUUUCCAUUGCCGUGCGAUACAUUGGAUCAAAUGAUUCAAAGUAUGCCAAAAACUUUUAAAGACAUAAUAAACGACUGUAUCGACCAAGUGGCGGGCGAUAACCUGCCCGCUCAGUCAACAGCCGCUGAUCAUACACCAACACAAAUAACAACACUGGCACCGAAUUGUAAAAGUCGACUACGAACUCAACAGUAUUCCGACUUAACGAUGCUAGUCGAAGAAGACAGUGACGAAGAAACCGAAUUGGCACAAGAAGAUGCAAACGAUCCGGAAUGGAAUUUCGAACCACCACAACGGAUACAAAAACUACAAUGAAACAUAACAGAUAUAAGAAAAAACGCUUUGGCAUCGAACACACAUACCGUUAAAACCAAAAAUAACAAUCAAUUUUUCUCAAUCAUGUCAAAUCAAUACGUGAUAAAACCGACAUUUAUCGAUCGAAUUCAUCAAAUAAACACAAUUUGCUUUCGUAUUUGGACGAUCUCUAAAUUACUAAAAUAUCAAACAUUUGCAUAGCAAAGAUGAGCUUAUCCCAUUUUCAAAUAAAAAAAAAACUUGACGAUUUUACGGCGGCAAAUGAAAAAAGACACAUUACAGUUUUUGGAAGUAACACACAGAAUGAUCAGAUUAUAUUUUUCGUGAAGAUCUCAAAUUUCCUUAAAGAAUUUUGAACAUUUUCAAAAUUGACGAAUUAAAAAAAAUGACGAUGGAUUUAUGGAAAAAGAAAUGGAAAUUUAUGAAAAAUUCGUCGACAAUUUGGGAAUUCUUGUUUUUUAUUUUCACCACAAAAUAUGCCCAAUCGCAUCCGUACAAUUAUUAUUUGUUAAAUGUGUCUUGUUUCGGUUUGUCCGUGCACGGAAAAUGGUGUGCUCAAAAUGAAGAUUUUGUUUUUUCGCUAACUUUGUAUCAAAGAAGAAAAACAAAGAAUUCACCUUUUUUUCGUAUAAAAAUUAAAUCGAAUUGAAACGUUUCUAUUUGUUAAAACUCUGAAUUUGUUGUGUAAUUCGUGCAAUUCGAUCGAUGAAAUGAUGGUAUAAAUUUUGAAACUUAAGAGAAACUCGGUCAACAUACAAAAUAAAAAAACGAUACAUUUUUAAAAUAUAAUUUGAAACAAAUGCAAAAAACGACACACACAAACAUCUCAUUGUGAAUAAAAUUAGCGCCAGUUUAACAUUGAUUUAUAUCAAAUCAAAAUAAGUGACAAAAUAUUGUAGAAAAGAAGAAACGGAGUUUUUCAUUCAACACUUGGAAAGGAACAAUUAGUUCUUGUUCAUUUUCUUUGGAAGAACUAGAUUGUACAUUUUAUUGAUUGUACUAUCGGCUACCAAGCUAUCUGUCUGCCAUAUGGAUCUGCUAGAUAGAAUCCAUAUUAUGGAUGUACGUCGAUGGUUCGACCCCUUUGUCUUUGGGGUCCGUAGACUCAUUUCAAUCGUUCUUUCAUUUUCGAAGUUAACAAAACAGAUCAUCGUUGCAUUUAUCGCCCCUCGCCCAUUCAUCAAAAUAUAGCCAUUGAGAGAAGAGCUUCGAUCUUCGCCUCAUCAAAAAGAAUAGAAAAAAAGAAGCAUAAAAAAGCAAACAAAGGAAAAACCCUAAUAAAACAAAAAACAACAAAAAAUUUAGUAUUAAAGAAAAUGAAGCAAAAAAAAAAAGAAUUAUAUUUACAAAAUCUAUCUGAUGUUGAAUAAAUUAAUUUUCUUUUUGUUUAUCCUAAUGCAAGAUGUUCGAUGGAAUCGCCGAAAGGUGUGUUCCACUGAGCAUCUUUUUUUGUAAAUAGAAUUUUUAUUUGUUAACUAGCGAGCGGAAACUAAAAAAAAUGGUGUAUAAUGCAAAAAUAUGUAGAAAUAUUCAAUAUAUAAUUUUUCUCCAAAUUUUUUCUUUCACGUAAAAAAAAACUAUUGACAUAAGUUGGUUGUAGCAACAUUAAGAUAGAUAAUAUUGGUAAUGAAAAGACCGUUGUUUUAAGUGAAUCCCCACACAUUUUGGAAUUUUCGAUUUGACAGUGAAAACAAAAGAAAAAAAACACACACUCACAUUCAGGAAAGUUAACUAUUAGGAAAUAGAGUCAUCGUCAGUCGGACGAUCAGUUUAAACCAAUCAGCUGACAUUUAGCAUGAAAACGCACGCAUUAGAGAAAUAGAAACAAAAACAAAUUCAAUCUAAUUCAGCUUGUACAUAAACGAUUCGAUUGACAUCUUUUAUUGAACACAAGGCUUUCUUUUCUCUGUUUCAUAUGAAUAGCAUUACACCGCAACAAACAAUAAUUUUUCGUUAGUAUUUACGAUUCUGAUUAAAACAUAAACACAUUUGUUUCGGAUUGACAUUUAAUUGGAAAUUGUGAGAGAAAAAAAAAUUCGAAUCAAAAAAAAAGAAUAAUAUUAAUUAUAAAUAUUUAUAGUCAUCGAUUUGUAUAACUUGUAUAUAAAAUUAGUCAGUAGAUGAAUUACACAGUGAUGACGGAAGCAGCAAGAAAGUAAAAGAAAACAGAGAAUGUAAGUGGAAAUAAACACAAUGAAAUGGAACAAACUAAAAA